AUGGACGCUUCGCAGGGAUACCACCAGAUCCCGUUGGAGGAAAGGGACCAACCUGCAGUGAGCUUUAUCACAACCACGGGCACUUAUUGUUAUGUGGUGAUGCCUUUUGGCCUGAAGAAUGCAGGAGCCACGUAUCAAAGAUUGAUGGAUAGGAUGUUUCAGGCUCAGCUCGGGCGCAAUAUCGAAGUUUACGUCGAUGACAUGCUGGUCAAAAGCAAGAAGUGUUCCACACACCUCGCUGACUUGGCAGAGACAUUUGCCACCCUUCACCUUUAUGGGAUGAAGUUGAACCCCGCAAAAUGUGCAUUCGCAGUGAGGGCUGGAAAAUUCCUCGGGUAUGUGGUUAAUCGAGAAGGCAUCAAGGUAAACCAAGAUAAAGUCGAGGCGGUACUCCGAAUGACCCCUCCUCGGUCCAUCAAAGAAGUUCAAUCCUUAGCAGGAAAAGUGGUGGCCUUGGCUCGAUUCAUAUCGCGAAUGGCUGAUAAAAGUCUGCCUUUCUUCAAAGUCUUGAGAAAAGCGGCACAGUUCGAAUGGACUGAAGAGUGCCAACUCGCGUUCGAGGCGCUAAAAGUUUCGUUAAUUCACCUGCCCAUCCUUAGCACCCCUGAAAAGGGUGAAACCCUAUUCGUAUAUUUAUCGGUGGGAGACGAAUCGAUUAGUUCAGUCUUGUUCAAGGAAGUAAGUGGUCAACAACGACCAAUCUAUUACAUCAGCAAGAUCCUCACCAACUCGGAGAUUAGGUAUUCAGAAGUUGAGAAAAUAGCAUACGCGCUGGUCCUCACUACGCGACAAAUCCGGCCUUACUUCUUAUCACACACAAUGGUAAUCCGUACGAGCUUACCACUCCGUCAAACCCUAGGCCAGCCUACGGCAUCGGGACGAAUUGUUAAAUGGGCAGUCGAGUUAGGACAAUAUGAAAUACAAUAUCAACCUCGUACCUCGGUUAAGGGACAAGCAUUGGCAGAUUUCAUUCGAGAAACCACUAGGAUACCUAUGGAGAAAGAGUGGAAAGUUUACGUAGAUGGGUCAUCCACAGCGACAGGAGUCGGGGCAGGAAUAAUAAUCAUCGAUCCCACAGGAAUCGAGGUGGAAUUUGUUGUUAAAUUGCCACGAGUCUCCAAUAACGAGUCGGAGUAUGAAGCCUUCAUCCGAGGUAUGGAAAUCGCCCAAGAACUCGGUGCACGGGUAGUGCGAAUAAACUCUGACUCUCAAUUGGUUAUACACCAGUUAGAAGGGGAUUACGAGGUGAAGAAUGAUAGAAUGAAGGGAUAUGUAAACAAAGCUCGAGCAAUACAAGAAAGUUUCGAAGCUUGCACCGUACAUCAGAUUCCGAGAAACGAUAACCAGCGAGCUGAUUUCCUCGCUAAAAUUGGGUCUUCGGUCGUCGACUGCGUGGAAAGGAAGAUCUCCAUUCUCAUUGCCCCUACGCCGACACCCGGAAUCAUGAUGAUCGGUGAGGAGCCCGACUGGCGAACACCUUUGUUUGCAUAUUUCAGAGGGGAACGAACCGGUACAACUAGAGAGCAACAUCGCCUAGCGUAUAAAGCCAGACACUUCUACGUGCGACAUGGGAUAUUAUAUAAGAGGAACUUCACCACGGUGGAUGCGAGAUGCUUAGGAAAACAAGAAGUGGAACAUGUUUUGGAUGAAGUACACCGAGGAGGUUGUGGAGAACAUGGGGGAGCUCGGGCCCUCAUACAAAAAUUACAUCGGGCUGGAUACUAUUGGCCCGGCAUGAAGAGGGACACCCAUCAAUAUGUGCAACGUUGCAUACAAUGUCAGAAAUUUGCCCCACUUAUCCAUAAACCGGGAGAAGAAAUGACCAUCAUGAGCGCCCCAUGCCCCUUCGCCCAAUGGGGAAUUGAUCUAGUAGGACCUUUCCCUCAAACCACCGGUAGGAAGAAAUUCCUUAUCGUCGCGGUGGAUUAUUUUACUAAGUGGGUUGAAGCUGAGGCCUUGUCAAAAAUAACAGAGGACGAGGUCAUGCAUUUCAUUUGGAAACAUAUUUGUUGCCGGUUUGGCCUACCCCGAAGCCUCGUGUCGGAUAAUGGCACUCAAUUCAAUGGCAAAAAGAUUUGCGCAUGGUGUGAAGAGAUGAAGAUCACACAGAAGUUUGUGGCAGUAGCACACCCUCAGGCCAAUGGUCAGGUCGAAUCAACAAAUCGAACCAUUGUCAACGGCUUAAAAAAGAGGAUAGACGAGCUAGGAGGCAGCUGGGUAGACGAGUUACCUUCGGUCCUUUGGUCUUACCGAACCUCGGCCAAAGCAGCUACCGGUGAAACACCAUUUCGGUUAACCUACGGAACCGAAGCAGUCAUUCCAGUAGAAGUAGCAAUGGACACACUCCGCAUAGCCACAUCCGACGAAGAGGCAAAUGACGGUGCAUUGAGAACCCAGCUGGAUGAGAUCUUUGACUUACGAGAAGCAGCCUAUUUACACAUGGAACGAAGCAAGAAUUUGAUCAAAGCCCGAUAUGACCAAGGGGUCCGAUCUCGCUCGUUCCAGAUUGGUGAUCUCGUUCUCCGACGAGCUGAUGCCCUAAAGCACACGAGAAAACUGGAAGCCAAUUGGGAAGGACCAUACGUGGUCACAAAGUGUUUGGCUGGUGGAGGAUACGAGCUGGCAGAUGUAGAGGGAAAACCAUUGCCACGGGCAUGGAAUGUCAUCCAUUUGAAACGCUUCCUCUCGUAA